CUUCCAGAGUAAACAUGGCUGUGCGUAGUCUACUCGCCAGGAGAAUACUUGGCUCCGGAGCUAACAGAACAAUCCUGAGAAACAUGUCGGCAAUAUCCUACAACUACACACACUUGAACGUCACCCAACCUUCGAAGUUCGUCUUCAGCGUAGAAAUGAACCGACCGAAGAAAAUGAAUGCACUAAACAACGAACUCUGGAUGGAGAUCGGAGACGUAUUCGACAAGAUGGGUCAGGACGGAGAUUGUCGGGUUAUAAUUCUCAGUGGAGCGGGGAAGAUGUUUACCUCCGGGAUCGAUCUAGCAGACCUGAGUUCUCUAGUUAGUAUUGUAUACGGAGAUGAUGACGUUGCAAGGAAAACUACUCUUAUGUACAAUAAGAUCCGGGUUUUGCAGAACCAGUUUACAAAACUUGAAACCUGUCCCAAACCUGUCAUCGGAGCUAUUCAUUCUGCCUGUAUAGGUGGUGGAGUAGAUCUUAUAACAGCUACAGAUAUCAGAUUAUGUUCUAAGGAUGCAUGGUUCCAAGUUAAAGAGGUCGAUAUGGGACUAGCAGCAGAUGUUGGAACCCUUCAACGUCUCCCCAAGGUUCUGGGAAGUCAAAGUCUCGUCUCCGAACUCUGUCUAACCGCCAGGAAGAUGAAGGCGGAUGAGGCGGAGAGGGUUGGACUUGUAUCCACUGUUUAUGAGACCAGAGAAGAGUUGAUGGCAGGAGCUCUAGAACUAGCGAAGAGUAUCGCAAGCAAGUCUCCUGUAGCAGUUCAAGGAACUAAACAGAGUUUAGUUUACUCUCGUGAACACACCACGGAGGAGGGAUUAGAUCAUGUUGCACGAUACAACAUGGUCAUGCUUCAAUCCGAGGAUCUGAUGAAGGCAGCGAUGUCACAAAUGGAUAAAUCCAGUGCAGCCCCAGAAUUUGCAAAAUUGUAAAAAUUAUAAAGUUUAUGUAUUUGAUUAUUUAUUUAACAAUGUGAUGGGAAACUAAAUAUAUAUUUCAGAUAGAAUGUU